GGGCCUGACACCCGCGCCCGGGACUGGUCGCAGAGGGACCUGGGGGGGCUGAUCUCUGGCCCUGGGGGCCUUACUUACCGUGCACCGGGCCCAUGAGCGGUGCGAUAAAGACCUAGCUGCAGGGGUGAGUCUAGGGCCCCCCGCCCUUCCUCCCGACGGUCACCUGGGGGGGACCCCUGCUCUUCCCCCUGAUGGUCACUUGGGGACGUCUCCCAAGUGUUCUGCCUCAAUGAACACCUAUGGCACGGGGAGCUGUGUGGUCGGGGGACCCCAACCUGAGCUGAGUCAGGACCAAGAUGGGGGCCCAGGGCUCCCUCACAGCCUGCACUAUGUGAUGACCAUGUGCCAGACUCUACAGCCAUGGGGAAAGGUCUGGGCGAAUGCUGGCUCAGGUGCUAACACACUUGGAAACUGGCUUGAGGCUGGAUGCUCUGGGAAGGGGCUUGCCUGCCCCCCAAGGGAUAGGGUUUGGGGCAGGGGCUUCAGCAGACGCCUGUGGUGGUGAUGAGGGGCCAAGGUCUGUCUCACUGGUGCCCAAAGCCCAGCUCUUAGUGCUUACCUAUCUCCCAACCUGCUCCCCAAAACAGAACCAAAAUCUUGGGGUGCAUGGUCACACACACACCAGCGCAGAGCCACUCUGCCCUUCAAAUUUUGUUUUAUUUAUUUAUUUGUGAGGAAGAUCGGCCCUGAGCUAACAUCUGCCAAUCCUCCUCUUUUUGCUGAGGAAGACUGGCCCUGGGCUAACAUCCAUGGCCAUCUUUCUCCACUUUAUAUGGGAUGCCGCCACAGCAUGGCUUGACAAGUGGUGCAUCAGUGCGCGCCCGGGAUCCAAACCGGCGAACCCCGGGCUGCCGCAGCGGAGCGCGCGCACUUAACUGGUUGCGCCACUGGGCUGGCCCCGCCACUCUGCCCUUCAAAUGCUUCGUGUUCAUCACAGUGAUGCAUCUUCCACGGGUGCAUGACGAAAAGCCGGCAGCACCCUGCCCAUUGUUCCUGUCCGCAAUUCCGUCGGCCGAAAGAACCGGGUUCCCACGGUUGUUCAGACGAUCAGUGACAGCCACCUGGAAAACUACACAGAUGAAAAGAAAAGAGGAUGAGACGUUAUGGAGAGUAGCAACGUCAACUUCUUGCAAAACUCCACCAUUGGGAGAAACUGGGCAAAGUGUACAAGGAUUCCCUGUCAGUUCUUACAUCUGCGCGUUUGACGAAGCAGUGACCAAGGACGCCUGCAUGGCUGUCGGCUUCUUCCAGCGAGGGGUGGCCAACUUCCAGCUGGAAAGGUUCCAGCAGGCCCUGUGCGACUUCCGGUUGGCCCUGGCACAGCUGAGGGGUAAUGCCACCAUUGACUACACGCAGCUGGGCCUGCGGUUCAAGCUGCAGGCCUGGGAGGUGCUGUUCAACGUGGCUGCAGCACAGUGCAGGCUGGGGCUCUGGGCUGAAGCCACCCGCAGCCUAGAGGAAGCCAUCUCCAAGGGGCCAGAAGGGGCCCGUGACGACCUGGACACUGCCCUGGACCAAGUGCAGAAACAGGCCCUCAUGCAGCCUCGGCGGGUCCCCAGGGGCGAGGUCUUUCGGCCCCACAGGCGGCACCUGGAGCACCUGGAGCCCAUGGAUUUCCUGGGCAAGGCCAAGGUAGUCACCUCCAGCGUCCACGACAACCAGCACAAGAGCACUGGGCCCCAGCGGCCCCAGGUUCAGGAUGCUGAUGGUGAAGCCAGACCCGGGGCUGCCCCACGAGCCCACGACACAGGCCUCUGCAGAGCUAGUACCCCCCGUGGCUCCAGGCCGCCCCCCGAUGCAGACACGGAAGUUGGCUCUGGCCAGGCAGGGCAGGCUGACCACUGUGCACCAGUCACCUAUGAUGAGUGGAGGCCCCACGUGGAGCAAGUUGGCCAACAGGUUCCUCCAGGGCUGCUGGCGGCUGGCGGUCCAGGCCCCAGCCCCUCUGAAGAUCCCACGGGUGCUGAGGGUGUGGCUGCAGAGGACGCCGAGGCCUUGGCGACCAUCACGGUGCAGUGUGCCUUCACCCUGGCCCUGAAGGCCCCAAGAGGAGUGGACGUGUCCAGCCUGCGGGCCCUGCUGAGCCAGGCCCUCCCUCACCAGGCUCAGCAUGGGCAGCUCAGCCCCGGCCCAGGGUGGAGCCCCAAGGCAGCAGCUGGAAGAGGGGCUGGGUGCAUCAGAGGCUGCAAAGGUCAGAGGUCAGCACCUUCUCCACAGCCCUCUACCCCCACUCUGAGGAGUCUCUUUGCAGUUACCGAGACCCCAGUGAUGACGGGCGCUGGGUGCCCCUCCUCGGGGAGGAGGCAUUGCAGAGGGCCUGGCGGGAUGCAGCUGGCGGCCCUGGGGGGCUGCGGCUCCAGUGCCGGGGAGUGGGCCGCCGGCCUGUCCUCUACCAGGUGGUGGCCCAGCACAGCUACUCCGCCCAGGGGCCCGAGGACCUGGACUUGCAGCAGGGGGACACUGUGGACGUCCUGUGUGAAGUGGACCAGGCAUGGCUGGAGGGCCACUGUGAUGGCCGCAUCGGCAUUUUCCCCAAAUGCUUCGUGGUCCCAGCUGGUCGAUGCCUGUGAGGAGCCGCCCCGCCGGACCCGGCGAGGAGAUCACCCUAAGAAGUCCAGCAGCAAAGAGGGUUUUAAUAAAAGCAAUCUGCCCCUCUCCAAGGUGUGGUCCAUAUUCUGCUUCCGAGAGUGUGGGGUGAGGCUGCUCCAGGAGAAGAGCCUGGACACUGUCCCUCAGGCAGGCUCACCCCAGGGGUCUGGGCUGGGCCCCUUCCCCCAGCCUCCUCCUGAGGCUCUGCCAGCUCCUGGAGACCCCAGGGCCCCACUGCCAGCCCCUCCCAGGAAGCCAGGCCCCUUCUUGCUGCAGUGGUCACUCCCCACCCUCAGGCUCGACCGGCCCGCGUCCCACUAAUUCUGCAGUCACACAGCCCUGGAAUGCCACAGGGGUCCAGGGACCCAGCGUGGGUGCAGAAAGGCGCCCAGUGGCCUGGGAAGCACGGUGGAGAGGGGACCCAGGGGUGCCAGAUGGGGGGCCACAGCGCAGCCUCCAUAGCCAGAGCGGCCCUGAGGGCAGAGCCCACAGGACAAGGUCCCGGGAGGCCCCGCAGGGGUCAGGGACUCAGGAAGGCUCCAGCCAGCUAAGGCGUCCAGGCUGGGGUGGCCCCGCUGAGCUCUGGGAGCAUCAGGCAGCAGCCCGGCUUAGUCCUGCGGCCAGAGGAGCUGGACUGCAGCAGCUCCGAGAACGGCCACGAGGGUCAGCACCAUAAAGACGACCCCGGCCACCCAGACGCUGUAGCUCUCUGCCCGCCACUGGGCAGGCGCCUCGGCCGGGACCAUGUUGGUCAGGUUCAGCAUGUAGCCCAGUGUCCAGCCGAUGUCGGUGCCGCCAGCCUGCGGGACACACUGGCCAGUCAGGGCUGCAGGCAGCUGCCCCAGAGCCCCCGACCCUUGCUCGGGGGCCAUCAGCCGGGUCCCCGGGAGGCCGUCACCUGCUUGCGGAACUCGAUGCUGGGCCAGGUGUCCUCACUGAACCCAUAGCCCUCGAGCAGGAGUGUGAGGAUGUACAGCCCCGAGGCGCAGUAGUCGCGCAGCCAGCGGUCCUGCCCAGGUGAGCUCGCCUCCACCUGG